GCUAAUGAGCAGGUCACCUUCGCCUUCUCCGGAAACCGCUAGUAUCCUGGCGGUCCGCGUGCCAAUCGCCGGCCCCUGAGCAGAAUGUUGGAUUCCGAAUCGACGAAAUCAGUUGUCGCUGCUAAGUUCUCGGAUGUUCUGGGAACCUAUAUGGCUCUAGGGUUUGAUCGGCUUUGUGUUUCAAAGGGCUUUCCUACAAAAGGGUUUGCUAGUGAUAUAUCUUCUUCUGUGAAGUGAAGUUUUUCUAGGUUGACAUUGCCUUCAUCUGAAUCAUGUGAGAUUCAACGACUUCUUCUCAUGACCAAAUGUGGAUGCUGCAGUUGGCUCUGCAGGGAUACAUUUUCCUGACAGUAUCUAUUACUGCAGUUUUUUAGGUUGAAAACUGCUGUAAUAUGUACAUGAAACUCACUGGCAAAGGUGUAUUUUGUUGUAGUGGCUAAAUGUGGAUGCUGCAGUUGACUCUGAUCCCAUUUCUGUACUUGCAUUGUCAAGUCAUUCAGCAGUAUGGUAAAAAUAUCACUGUGCACAUUUCAUUUAUUGUUUUGCUCGAAUAUCUGAAUGAGCAGUAAUGUUGAUGGAUCUUUGCUGAUUUUGACCUUUUCUUUUAAUGCUCUCUAAAAACAUUUUGUGCAUCAUUCAAGACACUUCUUUUCAUCUUCAGGCUGGGAGGGAUCUCUCGAAACUAAGCUAGUUGCUCUUAGCAGGAGGGAUAUCCUAUGCUGUGCUGAGACUGGGAGAGGGAAAACUGCUGCUUUCAGUAUCCCCAUCAGGUAGUUUUAACUCCAUUUUGUUCGUGCAAGUUGCUUAUUCUUGAACACAUUCAUAUAUUGUUGGGAAGAAACAUGUUAAAGCGGAAUAAUUCUUUCCCUCUUUAUGUAUCAAAAUAGGUUUCUCAUCAAAAUACCAAUUUGAUAUCCAAAAGAAAAUAUCAACCAGCAAAGCAUAAAUAAUAGAGCAAAAAUCAAUCACACAGUGAGACCAAAUCUUUUAACGUGAAAAACCCAAUGUGGGAAAAAUCACGGGAUCGUAGUCUACCUCAAACUUUCACUAUUAAUAAUAAUGAUAACAGAUUUACAGUAGGUCUUCUCUAGAAUAACUAGAGGAUCAGAAUAACAUCAAGAUCAUAGAUCUUGGCUCAAGAAUAGCAUAUCUUCAUCGUAUAGGAUGGAUCUCCUCAAAAGAGAAUUCUAGGUCUUACAAAGUGGAUAUCGCAGGAAAGUACCUUAGAGAGGGUAAACUGUAGAUCAACAUCGUUAGGAUUGUAGAGUUUGCUGCAAGGAUCCUCCACAUAAAAUUUGGGCCGAAAUUGACAACGUUAAGCCACCGAUCAUCAAGCAGAAAACUCAGAAACUUAAUCUUUCUCUCUCUUUUCUCUCUCCUUCGUCUGCACGUCGUCGCACGCUGCAAUCUGAUCUCUUUCUCUCUCCUCUUUUUAAUUUCUUUCAUUUACUGAUUUAGGCUCAAUAGGCCCAAUUGUCCAAGCCCACAUAUGGGCUGGACCUAACAAUUCUCCCCCUCAAGCUCAUAUGGUGGGCUUUACCAAGCCCGCUCUUCGCCUACAUGCUUCAAGCUUCUCCUUAGGCAAAGACUUUAUCAACAUAUUUGAACCAUUAUCAUUGGUUUGUACUUUUUCUAAUUGUAAUUCUUUCAUCUCAAGCACAUCACGAAUCCAAUGAUAUCUCACAUCAAUAUGCUUCGAUCUAGAAUGGUAUGUUGAAUUCUUGGAGAGGUGAAUGGCGCUCUGACUAUCACAGUAAACAGUAUAUACUUCCUGUUUCAAGCCCAAUUCCUGUAGAAACUUUUUCAUCCAUAAAGUUUCCUUACAGGCUUCAGUAACUGCUAUGUAUUCUGCUUUUGUGGUUGAUAGAGCAACACACUUCUGUAACUUAGACUGCCAAGAGACUGCUCCUCCUGCAAAUGUCAUCAAGAAUCCCGAAGUGGACUUCCUGGAAUCAGUAUCACCUGCCAUGUCCGCAUCUGUGUAGCCUUCUAAUAUAGGUUCAUCACUGCCAAAACAUAAACACAACCUGGAAGUACCUCUUAGAUAUCUUAAUAUCCAUUUUACUACUGCCCAAUGUUCCUUUCUAGGAUUUGAGAGAAAUCGGCUGACAACUCCAACUGCAUGAGCUAUAUCUAGCCUAGUACAAACCAUAGCAUACAUCAAACUGCCUACUGCAGAUGAGUAAGGCACUCUGGAUAUUUCUUCUUUUUCUUUCUCACUUGUAGGACAUUGUUUCGAAUUAAACUUGAAAUGACCUGCAAGUGGGGAACAAACUGCUUUGGUUUUACUCAUAUUGAAUCUUUCAAGAACCUUUUCAAUGUAAGUCUCUUGAGAUAGCCAAAUCUUUCUUUUCUUCCUAUCACGAAGAAUCUUCAUGCCGAGUAUUUGUUUCACUGAUCCUAAGUCUUUCAUGGCAAAAGACUUAUUUAGCUCUCUUUUAAGCUUUUCAAUUUUUCCAACAUCAUGGCCAACAAUCAGCAUAUCAUCAACAUAUAGCAGUAAAAUAAUAAAAUCAUCAUCUGAAAAUUUCUUCAUAAACACACAAUGAUCAGAUGUGGUUCUAUCAUACCCUUGGCACAUCAUAAAUGAAUCAAACUUCUUAUACCACUAUCUAGGUGCCUGUUUGAGUCCAUAUAAGCUUUUCUUAAGCUUACAUACUAGAUUUUCUUUUCCUUUGACUUUGAAACCUUCUGGUUGCUCCAUGUAAAUUUCUUCUUCUAAGUCACCAUGAAGAAAUGCUGUUUUCACAUCAAGUUGCUCAAUUUCUAAAUUCAAGCGGGCAGCCAAACCAAGAUAAACUCGGAUAGAGGACAUUUUUACAACCGGAGAAAAUAUUUCUUCAAAGUCAAUACCUUUCUUCUGACUGAAUCCUUUCACAACUAGUCGUGUCUUGUGUCUCUGUUGUGAGUUAUUGCUUUCAGUCUUCAAUUUAUAAACUCACUUAUUCUUGAGAGCUUUCUUCUCUUUAGGCAACUUUACCAAGUCAUAGGUGUGGUUCUCAAGCAGAGAUCUCAUCUCUUCUUGCAUGGCUUUAACCCAUUCAUUCUUAUUCUCAUGUAGAAUAGCUUCUUGGUAAGUUUCUGGCUCUCCCCCGUCAGUAAGCAUAACAUACUCAUGUGGAGGAUAUCUGGUAGAGGGUUGUCGCUCUCUAGUGGAUCUUCUCAAUGAAAUCUCAACUGGUGGUGGAGGUAGCUGUUCAGUUGGUUCAGCAUCAUCAACUGUAGGUGUAUCAUCACUGGUAUUCUCACCACAAUCUUCUUGUUCAUCUCCCCCAUGAUCAUCAUGAACUACAGGUGAAGGAACUGGACCCAAACUCCAAGGAAUAUAAACAGAGGUUUCUGGCUUCUCAAUAUUAUCACCAUCAUCAAACAAUUGGUCUUCAAGAAACACAACAUCUUUGCUUCUAAUAAUCUUCUUGUUCACUGGAUCCCAUAAUCUGUACCCAAACUCUUCAUGACCAUAUCCCAAGAAGAUACAUGUUUUUGCCUUAUUAUCAAGCUUGGACCUUUCAUCUUUAGGAAUAUGAACAAAUGCUUUACACCCAAAGACUCUCAAAUGAUUAUAAGAUAUAUCUUUUCCUCUCCAUACUCUCUCUGGAACAUCACCUUGCAGAGGAACUGAUGGAGAAAGAUUUAUCAGGUCAACUAUAGUUCUCAUAGCCUCCCCCCAAAAUGACUUUGGUAACUUGGCGUGAGAAAGCAUACAUUUAAUCCUUUCUUCAAUGGUUUUGUUCAUCCUUUCUGCCACACCAUUCUGUUGAGGAGUUUUACGAACUGUUUUCUCAAGCCUGAUACCAUGAAACCUGCAAUAAUUCUCAAAAGGACCCCUGUACUCGCCACCAUUAUCUGAUCGAAUACACUUUAGUUUUCUGUCAGUUUCUCUUUCAACACUGACAUGAAACUCCUUGAAAGCAUCGAGUACCUGGUCUUUAGAUUUCAAAGCAAAAGCCCACACUUUUCUAGAAUGGUCAUCAAUAAAAAUAACAAAAUAAAGAGCACCUCCAAGAGUUCUAGUUUGCAUAGUACAAACAUCAGUAUGAAUUAAAUCAAUAACAUCUGAUCUUCUAGAUGAUGGAUAUGUCUGAAAUGCAACUCUAUGUGUUUUUCCAACUAAGCAAUGAUCACAAGAUUUAAGAGAUGUACCUUGCAACUCUGGUAAUAACUGCUUUCUAGCAAGAGUUUGAAGUCCCUUCUCGCUGAUAUGUCCAAGCCUCUUAUGCCAAAGAUCUAUACUUUCACCUUUUCGAAUUGCAUUAAUCUCUCCUUUGUGUAGUUUAGCUUCCAUGACAUAAAAAGAGUUAAUCUUCUUUCCUUUUGCCACAAUUAGAGAACAUUUAGUCAGUUUCUACUUACUUUCACAAAAAUAGUGUGCAAAACCCUCAUCAUCAAGUUUACCUGUAGAUAUCAAGUUAAGACGAAUAUCUGGGACAUGCCUUACAUCUUUGAGUAUCAAUUUGCUCCCAAUACUGGUCUCCAAGCAAAUAUCUCCAAUACCCACAAUCUUAGAUGUACCACUGUUUCCCAUUCUGACAUUACCAAAAUCACCAACAGUGUAAGAUUUAAAGAAAUCACCAUGAGAAGUGACAUGAAAUGAAGCAUCAGAGUCAAUUACCCAAUUACUAUCCUGAGCUACAAGGCUAACACAACCUUCAUCACAGACAAUUGUGAUAUUACCUUCAGCAGCAAUUGUAUUGGUCUCUUUCUCAUUUUUCUUCAUUUCAUUUUGUUCUCGCUUCCAAAACCUACACUCUUUCUUCAUGUGAUCUGGCCUAUUACAGUGAAAACAUUUGAUAUCUCUUCUAGACUUAGAUCUUCCUCUAUAACCAUGUGGAUUUCUGCUAUGACUUCUUCCAUGCCUUUCUUGUUUUUCAGUAACAAAUGCCCAGAAGAAGAUUCACUGUGUUCUUUCCUUCUGGCAUCUUCAUUUAGCAAACUGUUUUUAAACAUAUCUAUGGUUAGAGUCCCCUCUGGCGUGGAGUUACAAAUAGUCACCACAUACGUUUCCCAACUUUCUGGUAAAGAACUGAGAAGUAACAAUCCCUGCAUCUCAUCAUCUAUAUUCAUUUUCAUAGCAACCAACUUGUUUGCAAGACUCUGAAAUAGGCUUAUGUGCUCAACAAUAUUACCACCAUCUUUAUACUUCAAAUUUACAAGCCUUCUGAGGAGAGAAAUUCUAUUUCCCACUGUCUUUUUCGCAAAGAGGUUUUCUAACCUUUGCCAAACAACAUCAGCUUUGGUUUCAUCUGAAUUAUGCUCAUGCAAGUUUAUAUCCAUCCAUCUUCUAAUAUAGGCAAUAGCUUUUCUAUGUUGAACUUCUCAUUCUUCAUCGUCCAUAGUAGAAGGUUUAUCUUUAACCUUGAUAGGCUUAUACAAAUCUUUGCAAUAUAGCAAAUCUUUCAUCAAACUCCUCCAAGUGGAAUAAUUUGAUGAGUUCAAUUUAAACAUACCAUCUGACUGCUCCAUUUCAAUCACACAAGAAAAACUAGCACCAAACAACCUGUUGCUCUGAUACCACUCGUUGGGAAGAAACAUGUUAAAGCGGAAUAAUUCUUUUUCCUCUUUGUGUAUCAAAAUAUGUUCCUCAUCAAAAUACCAACUUGAUAUCCAAAAGAAAAUACCAACCAGCAAAGCAUAAAUAAUAGAGCAAAAAUCAAUCACACAGAGAGACCAAAUCUUUUAACGUGGAAAACCUAAUGUGGGAAAAAUCACGGGACCGUAGUCCACCUCAAACUUCCACUAUCAAUAAUAAUGAUAACAGGUUUACAGUAGGUCUUCUCUAGAAUAACUAGAGGAUCAGAAUAACAUCAAGAUCAUAGAUCUUGGCUCAAGAAUAGCAUAUCUUCGUCAUAUAGGAUGGAUCUCCUCAAAAGAGAAUUCUAGGUCUCACAAAGUAGAUAUCGCAGGAAAGUACCUUAGAGAGGGUAAAUUGUAGAUCAACACCGUUAGGAUUGUAGAGUUUGCUGCAAGGAUCCUCCACAUAAAAUUUGGGCCGAAACUGGCAACGUUCAGCCACCGAUCGUCAAGCAGAAAACUGAAACCUAAUCUUUCUCUCUCUAUUUCUCUCUUCUCUGUAUGUCACCGUACGCUGCAAUCUGAUCUCUUUCUCUCUCCUUUUUUUUAAUUUCUUUUAUUUAGUGAUUUAGAUCAAUUGUCCAAGUCUGCUGGACCCAACAUAUAUAUAAUUAUAUAUAGCUUAGAUCUAAGGGACAACUUGCAUACUCAUUUGGAAUAGCAAUAUGACUAUAUGAGUAGAACCCUAGUGCUGCUACAGUUCAAUAUGGAGAGCCACCCAAGUGGAGAGAUGUUGCUUUAGGAUACAACCAAAUCCAAGUGACUUUAUGUCAAUUAUCUGCUAUCGAAUUGUUCGAUUGCUCUAAUUCAUCGUAACUAGUCAUUAGAAGUUCAAGUCAUUUGCAAAUAUUGCUUUGAAGCAUUUUGUUAAUGUUAUAAAUCACUAUGGUGUGAAGUUUAUUUAAUAGUAUAUUUCAUCACAAUAGUUGAAGGGUACAAACUGUCAUGAUGGCUUAUUAAGGUGGGCAGCUGAUCAGUCAAUUAAACUGUUUGUAUAUAUGGAUAAACAUAAGCAUGCAAGUCUGUUUGCUUCCAGAAGUGGACUUUAUCAAUAUCAAUGCGUCAACGGGACCCAAAUUAGUGACCUUAUCUGUCCUGCCAUCGUAGACUGACUAUAAGUAUUAGAAACACGGAAAACAACAGGAUCAUAUAUUUUUAAUGCUGCAAAAAUAAAUAUUAAAUGACAAUUGAAGAUCAUAGCUCUUCUAAUCUUCGGAACGAAGGAAUGUUCAAUUUGGCUGACGUGCCAUGUAAAAAUUUUGAGCUCAAGGAGUUUGGAAGAUGAUAAGAGACUAUUUGAUUAGACAUCCGUUCAUUGUCCAAAGCGGAUAAUUUUUUGAGUCUACUGGUCGCACUAAUGAUCGAUCGAUCAAAUGGUCUCUUUUCAGAUUGGCGCUAGAAUGAAGCCCGAGGCCUGCACCUCGACCAAGCAAACUUACUCUUGAGCCGUGCACCUUACCUAUGAGCUCUUGGUUCUCAUACUCCUCAACCAAUAUGAGACUAAAUGACCUAAUCAGUGCUUUCUCCCAUAGGAGACCCAAAGGCUCAUAGUCAAGAUGAAUGACUCGGGAGUGAGUUUGCUCAAUCGAGGUGCAGACCUCGGGCUCUCCUUCUAGUCCCAAUAUGAUAAGGGACCAUUUGGUUGGUCAGCCAUUGAUGCGGCCCGUAGGCUCGCGAGGAAUUAUCCGCUUUGGGCGAUGGGUAUACUCACACGGUUUUAUCCUUUUGGAGCAUGUGAGAUCCAAAAGGCACUUCUGAGGGUAAAGAGACCUAGCGGACUUAUGAGCCCUUGGGUCUCAUACUCCUCAACUAAUGUAAGAUUAAAUGGCCUUAUCAAUGCUCCCUCUCGUAGGGGAGCCAAGGGCUCAUAGCCAAGGUGCACGACUCAGGAGUAAGUUUGCUCGACCGAGGUGCAGGCCUUGGGCCCUCCUUCUAGCACCAAUCUGAUAAGAGACAAUUUAGUCGACCGGCCAUUGGUGUGGCCCGUAGGCUCGCGAGGAAUUGUCCACUUUAUGUGAUGGGUGUACCUGUACAGUUAUGUCCUUUUCGGAAUAUGUAAGCUCCAAAAGAUGCCUAUGAGGAUAAGGAAAACCUGGCGGAUUUAUGAGCCUUGGGUUCCCAUACUGAUGCCAACACUGAUAAGAUCAUUUAGUCUCAUAUUGAUUGAAGAGUAUGGAAACUAAGGACUCGUGAGUCCAUCAUGUAUCCCUUAAAAUGAAACAUAUGAGCCAACCAUUUGAUCGAACAUUCAUCUAUCGCCUAAAGCGGAUAAUUCCUCGUGAGCUUAUGGGUCGCACCAAUGACCAAUCGACCAAAUGGUCCCUUAUUAAAUUGUCGCUAGGAGGAGGGCUCGAGACUUGCACCUCGAUCAAGCAAACUCACUCUUGAGUCGUGCACCUUGGUUAUAAGCCCUUGGUUCUCAUACCCCUCAUCCAAUAUGAGACUAAAUGAUUUUAUCAAUGCUCACUCUCGUAGGGGACUAAAGGACUCAUAGCCAAGGUGCACGGCUCGGGAGUAAGUUUGCUCGACCGAGGUGCAGGCCUCAGGCCCUCCUUCUAAUGUCAAUCUAAUAAGGGACCAUUUGGUCGGCCAACCAUUGGUGUGGCACGUAGGCUCACAAGGAAUUGUCCGCUUUGGACGAUAGGCAUACUCGCACGGUUUUGUCCUUUUCGGAGCAUGUGAGCUCCAAAAGAUGCCUAUGAGGAUAAGGGAGAACCGACGGACUUAUGUGCCCUGAGUUUCCAGACUAGCGCCAGAUAAGGUUAUUUAGUCUCGUAUUAGUUAAGGAGUAUGGAAACCAAGGGCUCAUAAGUCCGUCAUGUCUCUCUUACUGAGCUCACAUGCUUUGAAAGGGACAAAAUCGUAUUGGUACACUUAUCGUCCAAGGCGGAUAAUUCCUCGCAAGCUUACGAAUCGCACCGAUGAUCAACCGACAAAAUGAUCUUUAUCAAGGAGGAAAAAAAAACUUGGGAUGAAACAUAUGAGCCAAUCGUUCUUAAGGUUUUGCCCCUAAUACCUCUCGUCAAGACAAAAAAAAAAACCGUAGAGGUCGUCGGCAAAAUCAUAUCUUAGACAUAAAGUUAAGUUUGGUUGUGUCAUUCUUGGGGUCAAGAUCGACGUAAAAUUACACGUCUUCCCAUUUAUAGUCGGCAUGAAGGUUCCGUCGCUGUCGAGCUGUGGUUCAGUCUCUUGGGGUCUACAUUGGGUUCGCUAAACAAAUAAUGGUCCGAAUGAGCCACCUAUAAUCUUUGUCCCGGCUAUAUUACUAUAUUGUUAUGUGCUCGCUAAUGUGAACACUAACAUAACUAUCGUAGAAGAAGGAAAACAAAGUGGAUGGGGACAUGUCGAGCUGACUAGCAGUACGAGGACAGGUAUUCGUGGAUGGUGACAGGUCGCCUCUGCAAGAUCGUCACCCAGUGCGACCCACAUCACAUGUCAGCAGUCCUUCCUCUUAUUGAUCUGAACAUUGCGGAAUCGAAGCAAUGAAAGGCUCCGAAACCAACCAGAUUGUUCCCAUCCCACGGAUGUUCAUUUUGGUGCCCCUUUAGCAUCCCAAGGCCAUGCAUUCAAGUGUCCGAGAAAUGUCAUGAGACAGGAUGAACCGUAUACUAAGGCUUGAUGUUUUGUGUGCAUUCCGCAACGGGAAUGAUCAGUAUGUUAUAAACAACUAUUUAUGAUACAUUUCUCGUUACCAUCUUCUUGAACCCGUGAUGAAAGAGAUGGUCAGUCUUUGCGGAAGCCAACAAAUCCAAUUUCAUCCUCGUCUGUGGAAGUCUCGCAUAGAUUCCAUAGGUUUUGGAUGGUGCUGACCGUUAACUAAUCUUUAUGUGCAUGGUUACAUGACCUUCCUCGUUUACCUUAGGUGAUAUGUGUUACACAGAUGUCAAAUAACUUCGUUCCGGUAUUACUACGAAGCUAGUCGUCCAAGUCGUCGAUCUGGCCGACCUCUCUGCUUUCUUGCCAGUAUUCAUGGUGUUUACACUGGAAUGAUUCCGUUCAGGAGGACACAGGCUGACGCUAGGAAGGUGACAUGACAUGUCUCGUGUUGGCGUCCUCUGUGCCUGACACUUGAUAUAUUCCCCCUACCAAAAUAUGAACUGCCAAGACCGGACCAUAGCCACUGCAUCUGAUAUGGUCUUCACCAUUACAUAGCAAGCCCUCUCUCUCUCUCUCUCUCUCUCUCUUGCAUCCAACAUAGGAUAGUAGCAAACAAGCAGUCCUGCCUCGCGCAAUCGCCAAGAUGAAGGGGGGGAACACACCGCAUGCCGAAGCCGCAGCGCUGUCGCCAUGUGCCCGUCGCGCGGCGAUCCAAGACAUCAGUCGAGCGCAUGAACUCACGAGCCAACUGCAAGCUGUUCUCCUGCACUUGCCUGCUGGUAGCUGGUCGCAGCUGGGACAAGACAUGGCGAAGCAGAUACUGCAGCUCACCACCUCCGCUCUCUCCACCCUCCAAUUCUGCGGCUGUGGGGCAUCCGACGACGGCGGAACUGGCAAUUGUUCCGGCGAACUGAGCAAGAGCUCGGAGGGAAGGGAUGGGCUUCAUGGCCGUCAGACAAGGAGGAAGAACAAAACAUCGACCAAGGUUAAGACGACUGUGCCCUAUGAGGAUGGCUAUCAAUGGAGGAAGUAUGGGCAGAAAACUAUCAACGAUGCAAUGUAUCCGAGGUGCUACUACAAGUGCACUUACAGGGACGAGCAAGGAUGCCCGGCGACGAAGACAGUGCAGCAACAGGAUAGCUAUGCCGACCCACCCACUUUCAUGGUGGAGUACAGCAUGAAACACACCUGCAAAACCCCCCAGACCAUCUUCCCCGUACUGAUGGUGGAAUCCUCCCCACAGAAAGCCUCCCUCCAUGGCAGCGAUUCCACCGGAUCAUCGGACUUGCAGGACCUGCACCUUUCUCCUCCCUCGUCGGUCGUCACCCAUAGCGAGAGCCACGACAAGUGCUCGUCAAGCAAUGAACAAGAACAGCCAUGUCAACACGAAGUCUUGAUCACAGUAAAUACGCUUGACGAAUUGGAUAUGGAGUCGAUGGAUCUGUUCAUGGGAAACUUUGAUGGAUGGUUCUGCGUUGAAUGAGGCCAGUCAACUUUAGACUUCCUAUAUAUAUAUAUAUAUAUAUAUAGAGAGAGAGAGAGAGAGAGAGAGAGAGAGAGAGAGAAGGCUUGAAGAAAGCCUGACUAUAUGAAAAUAAGAUGCCUCUGUUAAUUGCUGUUAUUGAUAGCAGCAAUCAUUUUGUUGAUUGUUAAGUACGGUUGCAAUUACUUGACAUCCAA